CCGUUUGACGGAUUAGAGACGUAGAAAAGGAUGUAGAAUAUAUAUACGAGGUGGAACCGUAAAACCACAACUCUGCCCCUUCUCCUAUCUCUUCUCUUCUCCUUCUCCAUCCGCCUCCGUCCCCCAAAUCUUGGAGAGUCUCACCUCUCUAGCACUUCCAGGCUUUGGAUAUAGGACUCGUAAGGGUGGUAGGAAGAAGAAGAAGAGGAAGAAGGGAUGAUUUCCUCUACUCCUCCUUUGGGGCUUUUCAUGCGGCCUCCAGCCCCGGCUAUUUAUCUGCCCGCGUCGUCCCUAGCGUUGGGCCCCAGAGCCAGCGGCGACGCCUCUCGAAUCCCUACCUUUCUUGGCUCCUUCGUCGGCUAUUCGCUCGAUUCCACAUGGGUUGAUGGCAAAAGACUGCAUUUUGCGCUUGGCAAUCCCCGCUCUGGAACUGCGUGGCACUGUGGAUAUACGAGAAGAGACAGCAAUGGGAGUAUUCAAGAUUGGGAUGGGGAACUUACAUCUGGGUCAUCAGACGAGAAUGGUGUCCAAGUUCCAACACAAGCACAGUCUGUUGUUGAGGGUUCAAGCACAGUCCUCGUGUCAGAGUACAAGCCAAUUCCUGAUAUUGAUUAUUUACAGGAAUUGUUAGCUAUUCAACAGCAAGGGCCCAGAUCAAUUGGAUUCUUUGGGACUCGUAAUAUGGGGUUUAUGCAUCAGCAACUAAUCGAGAUUCUCAGUUAUGCGAUGGUUAUAACUAAGAAUCAUAUUUUUACUUCAGGGGCUUCUGGAACUAAUGCGGCUGUUAUCAGAGGUGCUUUAAGAGCAGAAAAGCCAGAGUUGCUUACUGUAAUUUUGCCUCAGAGCCUAAAAAUGCAGCCACCUGAGAGUCAGGAGUUGUUGUCUAAAGUACAAAAUGUGAUUGAGAAACCCCAAUACGAUCACUUGCCAUUGAUUGAAGCUAGCAGGCUGUGCAAUAUGGAUAUACUGUCAAAGGUACAGCAAGUGAUAUGCUUUGCAUUUCAUGACAGCAAAUUGCUCAUGGAAACCUGCCAAGAAGCAAAGAACAUGAGGAAAAUUGUGACUCUCUUUUACUUAGAUUGAUUUCCAAACUUUGUUGCCAAAAGAUUUUUCUGUAUAUUCUGCCUAUAGGGAAGCCAAUUAGGUCCUCUCAAUUUUUGUUCUGUCUCGUGGGAUAAAGACAAUCCAUAUCUCAUUAUUUUCAUUCUUGGUAGAAGAAAUGAAUUGCCAAUAUUUUGAUU